GAUUCGUCACACUGCAAUGACGUCAUAAAGUUAUGUUUCAGCACGCACUUGGAUUUAACCUUUCAUCGAAGUUUGCAAAAUGUCUUGCUUUGACUAUAAAUGGAAGGUGUUUCUAGGCUCCAUAUUGGUAUGCAUGGUUCUUCUAGCAACAACAGUGUACAGAUCGUAUUCAGAUGAUAAAGAGCCUUCACCGAGAGAAUGGUCAAACAAGCUUCCUUUCCUCGUUGGGAAUAUAGCCAAGAGUGGAACCAAAGACAAGAUAACUUUGCUAGCAAAAGUCAUUCACAAUGCAAAGAAAUAUGUGAGAGGAUCAAAAACUUCCGACUACCUACAUGAGGCUAUAUCUAUAAUGAAUUAUAUACUUCAAGACAUAAAUCUGGACGCAGAAAGAUUGUAUGAAAGGUCUGGUGCGGUAUCAACAUCUGUUUGUCCAGAAACAUUUAAGGGUGGCAGUUUCGGCUUCCCUUUGUAUUACAAAGGGUUUGAGACAGACGACUGUGGUAAUAACGUGUCACUAUCUAAUACAGUAACUGUUAUUAAAUAUAUAGAUACAAAACCAACAGAUGAAAAAUCUUCGUCGGUUAAACUUGAUCAGUUCCUUUCGUCUGUGUAUUACACUUUGGAUAAAGUAAGUACUUUUAUAGCUGUAGGUUCAACAACGUUACUAAAUAAUCUGAAUACAAAAUAUCAGUUGGUAAAAGUAGUUCAGUCAAACGAUCAGUCAGCGGGAUCAGCGCUCAACAGUAUAAUAAGAGAAGUGAAAACACCGUAUGUUUUAGUUGCAAGGGAUAUAAAGAUGCUAACAAGUGAUUCAAGAUUAGAAAGAUUGAUUAUGGAACUAGAAAGUUUAAAUGUGGUCGCUGUGGGCGGUUCGUUUCGUGAUUCGAAUGGACGGUGGAAAAAAGGCUGUUUUCAAACUGUUUAUCGAAAUUACACUUUGAAAUAUAUAGAAGGUUAUGACGAAUCUUUUCACGAGUGCCUGUUUUGUGAUUAUGUACAGGGACCUUUUGUUACAACUACUGAAUACCUAAAACAGAAUUCAUUUCAAAAUAUGAAUGAAAACGAUGGGUUGUACGAAGACUGGUUUCUAAGAAUGUUUCAAAAGGGCAAGGAGAUAAUUGUUUGUCCUGACUCAAUGUUCCAUGUUGACGGCCAAGUUCAGAUUGUAAAGACAGAAUCAGACUGGAAACAGUUUGCUCAAAAUUGGAAUUUAUUUGAAGUUCUAACACCAAAAGGGUAUACAUUUACCCGAGGCUGUAAAAGGCAAGACACCUCAAGUAGGCCAUCACAAGCAUUGUCGCCGUGUGCUGUGCAGAAAAUUAAUAAUGGCAUAAAGACUAUAAUGCGAAUAUGUGAGGAAAUCGGUGUUAUAUGUGAACUAGAAGAAGGCACUGCGAUAGGUGCUGUAAAGUUUGGAAAAGUUCUCCCGUGGGACUUGGACUUUGAUUUAAGAUUCCUAGCUACAAACUGUUCGAAAUGCAAGCAGCUUGAAAGUGCUUUCAAAACAACUGCAGAUUUAAACAUUGCUCGUUUUUCAUCAUCUUGUUGCAACAAGAAACUUAAACCAGGUGAGAGAGAUAAUUUUGCAAUUUAUUACCAAGGUUACUAUGGUGAUUUUACCGCAUUUCCUGCCUUGGACAGUGAUAUUCUUAGUAAGGCCGGCAUAGCACCAACAAAAAUACUGUUUGACGGACAAUGGGUAAACGUUCCAAGAAAUCCUGGAAUGUUCGUGAGAAAUAGAUAUGGCAAAGAAAUAUAUCAACAUGCUGAACAUUGGAGAUAUACUAGCGGUAGGAAAACAUCGAGCAUGAUUAAUUACACAACUAAUACUUUUUUGCCAUGCAAGGAACCUGGAUGGCAUGAUUGUUUGGACAGAUAUAACGCAGAUGGCGACUUGCAGUUCGUUGAAAUGCUUCCGUAAUAUUAUAUUUCAUGUGAGAAAUAAAACAGCGUUUGCCUUCCUUA